CAAGUGCCUCCCCUGGAGCUGGCAGGAGGUGCAGUCGGAAGAGCAUCUGGUCCCUGAGGCCUCCCUGUGCCUCCCCCUGGACCCCCAGGGUGUCCGUGUUCCCAGUUGUUGACCCUCGGGUGCGUCUGUCGCGUCUGCUCUCUUCUCCUCCAGGCAGGGAGCUCCUGGACCACGUCUUGCUCCCCUCUCGAUCUUCAGGCCCACCCUGUGCUCCCCCGUAGGAGACAUAGUAACUGGUUCAGCCAACCAGGUUAACUCAACCAGCGAGCGCUGUGGGUCCCGGUCUUGCUGACAGCGGUUGCUUUACUCCUUUCUUGUUUUUGGUGUCCUCCCUGAGAAGCCUGCGUAUUGGUUGUUCACAGAAAGCCCACCAGGUGGCCUGAAGAGAGGGAAGUGGGAAAACAGACUUUAAUUAAAAGGGCCGGGGCCAUGGAAAUAGCUGUUCUCUAGGGUUUGGUUAGAGACAGACAAUCCUCCAAAGACCCAGACAGAGAUGUGUCCCAGUCCUCACGCUCAGUUUUCAUUGCGGAAGGAGAAAUCAAAUAAGAGCCAACUUAAAUUCUUUUAAUUAUGGAACAUUUUAAGCCUACAGAAAAAACACAUCAUUGUUACCGUUGUUUCUGGCAUUAAGGUCUCUUUUUUCUUUUUAAGAGUGAAAAAUGAAGUUUUCCAGACAAACCCUUAACUAAUUCAGUAUUUCAAAAGUGAAAUACAGGCUGAACAUCCCAAAUCUGAAAUCUGAAAUGCUCUAAAAUUCAAAAUUUUUUGAGCACUGACAUGCUGCUUAAAGGAAAUGCUCACCGGAGCAUUUCAGAGUGUAGAUACUCAGAAAUAUUCCAAAUAUGCUAAAAUUGGAAAAGCUUUGAAAUCUGAAACACUUCUGGUGUUUCGGAUAAGGGAUGCUCAACCUGUAGUGAGUGAGUGGUUGGAAGUUAGAACAUAUUCUUCUGUAGAAACAAACCUGUUUGGCCCACAAUUUGGCCAAUAUACGGAGAUUUGAGAUGAAAAACUUACAAAAUGAUAGAAUGACUGGCUGUCAUUUUACCAGUAAGGAAACAAACCCAGAGAAGUGAAGUCAGGAUUUAGGUUUGUGGACCUUUUAUUUAAGGUUCUUUCUACUCUGCCAUACGUUACUAGUGACUUCAGACAACAGUGUCGAAUCUCAUCAGCCAAAACCCACCAGGAACACAACGUGUAGUUAUACAGAAGUUGGCUUCGUUUAGCUUGCUUCUGCCGGGGCCAGUGUACCCAGAAGAACCCUGGGACUAUUUUGGGAAGGCAGACUUGGGGUUGUUGUUGGACUGGGUGAUUUGAAGGUGGAAUUAGGGAAAUGGGACCAGAUCUGGGUUGGAUGUGGCCAGGAGGCAGAAACAAUUCAGUGAUUGGGUAUCCCAGCAACUUUUAUCUAGGAGAUAGGAGAUUAAAGUAGAGUUAGAGUGGCCAUGCAGUAAAGAAUUUGCAAUCAUACAUGUUGGUGAGAAAAGGGGGCAUCUGGUUAUUUUUGUGGUAGUGAUGUGGGCCCAUCUGUGUCCGUUUUUGAGCAUUCAUUAUGUUCUGAUGGGAAUAUGGGGGUCAGGUUGUCAAUUAGACUGGUCUUUACUUUGAAGGUUGGUAGGGUUGAAUUUAAUUUGUUCACCAACUUACUUAAUUUCAUUCUGAAUGCUGAUGCGUGAGGAAUAGGUUUUAAUGGAGCAAGAUGCAGUGGGAAGUAGGGACUUAGAGGAUGUCUAAAUAACCGUGUCUGAGCAGUCACUGGUUUUUAAACAUUGUAGCUGCUCAAUGGUAAUACUGCAAAUUUUAAAAAAGGCAGAUGGGUAGUUUUCGUCUAGCUUGAGAAGCUUUAAAAAUCAUCAUGACGACUGUACUAUCUUAAAACUUGAUCAGCUAUAGAAGCAGAUAAAACUGUCGAGCUGUUAUUAAAGUGUACUUACAGUUGAAACAUAUUAGUCUUCAAAGAUGCCAUCCAGUUACUGAUCCAGAGGUAAUGUUAAUGGUGGUGUUACUCACAGUGCCAAAACACCCACAGAUCAGUAGAAAAUGUGGACAAUCAAUUUAGAAAAUUUGCAAAGCAGUCAGAAGUGAGAGGCAGUGUUGGGUAGUGAAGAGUGGACCAGACUCCAAUCUUGGUCCUAGUCCGAGCUUUGCCACUGUGUGGUCCAGAAUGUCUUUGCCACUCUCUUAACUUAGUCAUUUCAUCUCUCUGGGCCUCAGUUUCCUCAUCUGUCAUAAUGAGGAAGUUGAACACCUGGUCUCUGUGUUCCUUCUAAAGUUUCUGUCAUUAAGUCUGUUCGAAGAUAGUCUCUUCAUUUGAAAGUAUUAGUUUGUUUGGCCAGUUGGGCCAGGUCAUAAAUAUUAUGGAAUUAUUAUUCAGCUCUUGAAGACAGGAAUGUUUGAGGGCUUUGAAAGCUAGCCCAGCAGGAAGCUUUUCGUGGUCUGUGUAUUUUCCUUCCUCUCAGGAAUGAUUAGGCCGAAAUCAACCAUCUUCUCAGUCCAUCCUCUUUGUAGUUUCCUGAGAUGAAUGACCGAGGUGUUUUCUCCUCAGAAAAUAACAUAGGAGAAAAAUUCCAAGGGAGGUCUCUUUAUUCAGGAACUUGCAAUUUAGGAAUUAAGUGUGAUAACUUUAUUUUACCAAUUUUAAUUUUGUGACUAUAACAUAAUAUAAAUAAGGAUUCUGUUACAUGCAAAUUUUGAAAUCAUGCAAAAACCAAAAAAGGAAAAGAAGUCAAUCAAAACUUGUAUAAUUUCAAAGAUGGUGGCCAGGUGGUUUGGAAGCUGUGCAUGGGAUUGCCACAUGGCCGCUCCCCUCUAGCAGGCAACAGGUGCCUUGUGUGUUUAGUCAGUAUCAUGCUGCAUGUCAUUGCUGAUGGCAUUCAAGUUUUUGCUUAUGUGUGCUGGUAUUUAAUGUUCACUUAGAUCUAAAUAUCUUUUUUUAGCCUUCAAAGAUGUCAACCAGGUAUUCAUCAAGAGGUAUAUUAAUGGGGAUGUUAGUGAUAGAGCCCAGGACACCCCCAGCCCCCAGAUCAAUAGCUUUGUAACAGAAGCGCUAAACCACUAUGAAGGUGAUCAGACAACAGGGGGAUGCAUCCUGCCAUUAAUUUAGCAGAAAGAGCACACGUCCAAAUAGGAGAGUUAAAAUAGAGAGGUGCUGUAGCAAAGUGGCUCAGAGCAUGGACUCUGGAGCUAGCUGCAUGAUGCUGCUAGCUGCCAUUUAAUUAGCCUUGUAGAUUUAGGCAAGUCACCUAGUCUCGCUGGGCCUUAAUUUCCCUAUCUGUGUGAUGGAAUAAAUUUAAUGUCUACUGCAAAGGUUAUGUGACACUUAGCAAACAUGAUAAAACACAGGUUGCCGGGCCCACCCCCCAGAGACUGAUUCACUGCAUCUCCGAUAUUUGCAUUUAACUAAUUCCAUGAUGGUGCCGAUGCCUCGGACCCUGGAAUGACACUUUGAGGAUCACCAUGCUGUGCAUUUGUACACACAGACACACACGUAGGCAUUUGUUUUCCAAAGUAAACGGCAUACUGUUUGGAGCCUAAUGUUUUUCUCCUAUUUAGUGCCUUGUGAAUAUUUUCCCUUUCAUUAUUUAUUCUAAUAAUGGAUGAUUUUAAGCUGCACUGUAUUCCAUUAUUAGAUAUUUAAAUGGCUUCCAUUUUUUCCGCUAUCAUAGACCAUGCCGGAAUAAAUAUCAUUCUGUGUACACUUGUCUACAUCUCUGUUGAUCUCUUUAGGGUAAAUUCCUAAAAGUGGAAUUACUACGUUCAAGGGUGUUUCACGGUAAGGCCUUUUGCUACACAUUGCCAACAAAUUCUUCAGAGAGUAGCAGAAAUUUGUCUUCUUACAAGUAGUCUAUGAGAGUAGAUGUUGAUUUUCUAAAUGUAAGGGAAUAAGAAAGACUUCAUGAUUAACUUUUUUCACGUGUGUUUGGGCUUUGGUGGGAGUAGGCAAGAAGAAUAUCCGUGGAUUUAUAGAGUAAGCAAAAGUAUGUCAGGAAAAACUAGGAAGAAUAGGGCUGAACUGUGGCUUGAUUUCAGGAGAGUUUCUGGGAUUCAGACUUGAAUUAACUGAAUGAUGCUGUAAUGUAUAAGUGUUGGUAUAGGUGAUUUUAUGCAAAGAAGAAUAAACAUAGGCUUACUUUUAUUUAUCGUAUACGGUAUGGGUGACUACUGCUGCUAGUUCAAGGGUCUUGAUUUUUUAAAAAUGUGUUUCUUGACUGUGGUAGCUGGGAGCCCCAGGAUACAGACUUUUGGUUAAAUAACAUCUGCUCCACUCUGCCUUCCCGUGUGGGCCUCUCUAACCCUGGGCCAAGCAGUUGAGUCUCUCCUCGGGGUGCCUGGAGUGAGGGUGGAUACAGCUUGGGUAAUUCAGCAUCUGUACCUAAAAACUUACUCAAAGUAGGCUUCAUGUAAAGAAGUCAGCGGUUCUUGGGAACAGGGGUGAGUGAAUGGAGGCGAAAGGUGGGGCCCUCCACAGGUCAGUCAGGCCCUCAGGGUGGGACAAGAGCUGUAGGGCUCUUGGUUAUAAGCCUGUGUGGUGGAGACCAGCAGGUGAGCCAAACUCUUCUUUAUUGUCAGAACAUUUCACUAAUAAGGGAUCUCAAGGGUCAUCUGGCACAACCUUCUCUUUUUGCAGAUAAGGAAGCUAAAUAAUUUACUAUUUCAGUUAAGCUUCACCAUAUGAGAGUUUUUGGGUUUUUUUUUUUUUUUUAAAGUUUUUAGGAUCAGAUACUGAACCUUGGAACAGAAUUGGCUGCUUUUUGUUUCUUUUUUCUGGAAGAGCUGAACUUUAGAGAAUUGUGGCUGCAUGGUAGACAGGCAAAACAGGAAGGACACAGUGCAGCUGAGAGCGAGGGUGGCCUGUGGUCUCUCGUUUGGCCUGGAGAACGGGCUGAUUUCAACUCCUCCUGCACUGCUCCUGAGUCACGGGUCCUACACCACCGUGCCUCUCUCCCGAGCUCAGGAGGCCGAGCUCAGGACUGCAUGCUCCUUCCUGAGUGGUCUCCAAAGGCUUCAGAGUGGCCUUGGAUGAAGAGCUGCUCUCUUCUGUGCCAGUCAUGUUUUUUAGAAUUUACAUACUAGUUUUCUUCUUGCAAUUCAAAAAAGUGUUUUUUUUUUCUUUUCCUUUUAGUAAAGAAACACGUAUGAUGGGUUAUUUCUUUUAAAAAGCAACAGCUCCCCUGAACACCAAACUGUGCCUUUUACCACUGGGUGACACUGUUAGACCACAGAACAUGCUUUGCUGGUAAAAUCAAGAGUCCUUGAAUUUCAGAUUUCAUCAAACUACUUUACAUAGGAGAGAGAAACUCCAAAUCACUUAAUAGUCAUCUAUCAAAUGUUAUUUGAUAAGUGUAAUUUAUCAAUUUUAAGGCCAAUGAGUUUAAGGCAAUCAGUUAUUAAAGAAAUCCAUUAAUUGGGCAGGAUUUCCAUUGCUUAGAAGUUUUUGCAGAUUAAUGUGCUGCAUAUUAAUGAACUAAUUAUUUCAUGGGAAUAUUUAUGCAAGCCAGUGUACUAAUAUAUCUAUUUCUCACCAGACAAAAGUCUAAGUUAUCUUUCUUUGGCAAAAGACUCACUGUUGAUACACAGCAAUUAAUGUUACGGAGUUUUAGUGAGGAUUUUUUUGAGCCAUCUUAAAAGCACGUCUGUUGGUUAGAGAAAUGGGUAUUUCGUUCUCUGUACUGGUAUGUGUUAAGAAGAUUAUGUCUUACUAUUUCUGAGCUCUUUCAAGAUCAAAUGAAGACAGAAUUGUUCAAAGCGUGGGUUGACCUCCCCUACUCUGUUUUUGGCUCCUUUUGGAAAUCUGAUGUCUGCCCUUCUAAGCGUAAGAGAUUCACUUCUGUGUCCUUCAAGGGGAGACAGUGUGGAAACGUGGGAAAUUAGCCCACAGGCGGGGAAGUGCCUGAGGCGAGGGGCGUCCAGUGGAGUCUUCCACAGCAGUUCAAACAGGAGGACAUGUCUCCGGAGAAGAGGCCCCGGGAAGACUCGGGGAGGCAGGCUGUGAGCUGGUCUUUGCAAGGUGCCUGGAGUUUUACUGGCUGGGGAGGACGGAUUUCUGCCCAGGAGGAAAUCGGGAGCAGAGGUGGAGAUGGGAACGUGCACGGCCUUGGUGUGUACUGGCUGCCUGGAGUUGAUGCCAGAGAGUUAAGAACCACACAUUUGUAAAGACAGCCCACCUGAGGAUAUUGACCAUAAGGACUCAUAUCUCAUUACAAGAAGCAUCAUGGCCGAGCCAGACUACAUAGAAGAUGACAAUCCUGAACUCAUUAGGCCUCAGAAACUGAUCAAUCCUGUCAAAACCUCCCGGAACCAUCAAGAUCUUCACAGAGAACUUCUUAUGAAUCAAAAAAGGGGUCUUGCUCCUCAGAACAAACCAGAAUUGCAGAAGGUGAUGGAAAAAAGAAAACGAGACCAAGUAAUAAAGCAGAAGGAAGAAGAAGCACAGAAGAAGAAAUCUGACUUGGAAAUAGAGCUAUUAAAACGGCAGCAGAAGUUGGAGCAGCUUGAACUUGAGAAGCAGAAAUUGCAAGAAGAGCAAGAAAAUGCCCCCGAGUUUGUGAAGGUGAAAGGCAAUCUCAGGAGAACAGGCCAAGAAGUCGCCCAAGCCCAGGAGUCCUAGGCUGAGGCUGCACCAAGACCUCGUGUGUCACCCCACAGAGCUGUCUGUGGGUGCCUUCUCAAUCUCAGGGCAAAAGCCCCUGGAGAAUAUUCCAGCCAGCAGAGAAUUUUGACUUGCAGUAGGAUUUGGUUUGGUUUUCCUACGAUCUGGGUGGAUGCCUUGCCUGUGACAGUUGCAGUUCCUAUUCGCCAAAUGAAGGGCAGUGCCCCGCACGUAAGUUGGAAUGAUGGACCUGUGUUCAGAGACUUAACAGAACCAACAAGCAAAACAAGUGAGAACAGGAAAAAGGAAGAGGACACUGGAAUCAAUUCUUGAGAGUUGCACUACUUGGUUUUUCUUCCAUUCCAAGUUUCGUGGGACCCAGAGCCUUUUUUCUUUUAAAAGCUAAAAAAAAAAUGUUUAAUUCCUCUUUUUGUUAUCUGUUAGAUAAUUGAGAUCACCUAGAAAUGCGUUUAAUCUGUUCACUCACUGUAAAUUUUGAGGACCCAGAAUUUUCUUGUUUAAUUUAUACUUUCACCCCCGUUGCAGUUAACACCAGAGAAGGAACGUGAAUGUCGAGCACAGCCACUACCCUUGUUGGCACUAAAUUUAGAAAUAGGGUGAGAAGUUUAAAAGCCCAUCUUGAUUUUAUUUUCAUUCCUUUUGGUUCUCUGUGUAAUAAUAGCAGGCUACAUAGUGACAUUCCAGUUCCAAGAAGGUACAUCCUGUCCAUUCAUUAAUUGCUUUGAUUACUAGGAGGGUUUCUGUUCAGUUUUGUUUUUAAAUGUCUUGCUGAUCUAGUUCUUUCAGAUGGAAUAACCUUCCAGUCCCUUAGAGAGUGGAACUAGUCCAUAUAACCCAGCUUCAGUAGCAAAAGUAGAAGCUGCCACAUCUUUUCAUUUCUCCAAGAGGAGUGUGGGGAAGGUUCCCAUGACCAGCUGGGCGGUCAGGAUUUCUCUAGGCAUUCUAAUGUGAAAUAAGUGUAGGCUGCUCUCAAGGAGGCUUCAUCAGAAGAUGUAUAGCAUUUGAAUGUCUAAUGAUAAUGAAUAUCAUUAGAAUCCAAGCUUUGAAAAUUUCUGAUUAAUGCUCAUGUAUUUCUUUAUCUUUGUUUUUCCUUGUGAAGAAAGACUUUCACCACUGUCUGAGUGAUGAUGCUGUUGAUAAGGUUGAUGUCGAUGACUACUAUAUUGCAUCUCUCAGGAACAGCUGAUGGGAAGGGAGGGGCUGCUGAGUUCCCUUGUUCUAGCUAGCAGCACGCUCCUCACAGAGGGGGCCGAGUUACAGACAGCAGCCGCAUUCUCAUGCAAAAUUAGUUUUAAACUGCCAGUGUGGGCAUCGGUACCUUUUGCCUGGGUGAUACCGAAGAAUUGUUGAGGAUUUAGUAUGCUCCGUAGAGACAGUUCAGCCAGUCAUUUCUGCAUUGGAGAGACUUCUCAUACUUUCUUUGAAGACUCAUAGAAAGCUGGAUCCAGAGCUUUUGAAUCCUUAAUUAGCAUAGUAGAAAUUAGCUUUCUAUGGGAAUGCUUUAGUGUUAGCAGUUGACAAUUAGGCCCAUAUUCAAUCUGAAUGGGAACAAAAGUAAAUGCAAUGAUAAUAUACUGCUAGUUAGAGAAACAUGUUAGUUGAUUAUACCUGAAAUGGAUUAUUUAUCUCAUCAGCAAGUAUUAUUUGAAUAAAAUGAGAAAUGCUUAAGAAAAAUUGUUGCUCUAUAGUAAUUUGGUUUCGAAGAAUGGAAUGGUAACUAUUUUUUUCCAUCGUUCUUUUGAGAGAAGGAAGUGUGAUGACUGAUGAUCUUGAAAAGCCCAUUUCUGAUUGCACAUUGACUGGAAUUCUUUCUUUGUGUCUGUGGACUAGCGAUGCUGUUUGUAAAAUGAAGAUUCGGGACUGGCUCAUAUCUUUUUAUCUAACUAGAUGUCAGAUCUUGAAAUCUGUAUUCUCAAAGCAAUUCUGCCACUUGAUCGUAUUCACAGGGGCCCUGGUAGGCUCCUUUAGAAGGACCAUUUCUGUUCCUAGAGCUUAACUAGAAUUCAUUCUUCACUGAAAAAAAAAAAGGUUACUUAAGAAAGCAUUUCUUUCCUAAUCUCACUCAAAUCUGCAGAAUUAUUUGUAAUUAGUAAUACAAAAUCUGGCCAAAAGGAGACUUGUAAAUAGCGUAAAGUGGUGUCUUAUGCUAAAUGGUGGAAUGUAUAGGCAGAGAAGCUCUUUGAAGUUGUCAGAUGAGCUGGGCUUACAAGCCUGAUUCAAACAGGCUGUCAGUCUCCUCUCACCCCUUAAUACUGUGUAGCCCAAACUCCUAGGACUCUUGAACAUCUGAGCAGUUUUGUGCUUUGAGCCACUUUUUGACAAAAAUGGCUCCAUUUUUCCACAGCGUGGUUUUCUUAAAAUAGUUUAAUGUUUUAUAGUCUCAUAGUAGUAGUGUUGCUUUCUAAGCUAUAACAGUCGACUUUAUUCUUCUACUCUGAAAAAUCUUGACUUGUUUGAGUGUAUAUAAUAUAUAUAAAGGGAGCCUUAAUGGAUUGGUUUUCAUAAUUUAAUAUUUUUUGUAUUUGCUCUUGUAUAAUUGUUUUUAAUGGAAAGUAUUAAAGAAUUGAGGGUGGAAUUCUUAGAACCAAAGUUAUUCUUAAUAAAAAUCACCACAUGCUUGGACCAUGCAA